AACACCUCGAUAAAUAAAAUUGACAUUCUAGAUAUAAUUAUUACACACACAUAUACAUAGAGAGAAAGAGAGAGAGAGAGAGAUAAACCAAAGCAAGUAAACUGUCAUAAAGAUAAAAACAAUUUAGUUGAUCAUAGUUGGCCAUUGUGAAAAGUGGUUGUUCAUUUAGAAGAAAUUUUUUGAAGCAAAAAAAAAAAAAAUAGCGCCAUGAAUCAAUUUAUGGUCACAAUCAUUUUAUUUACAUUUACGGUAGUCAUAGUUCAUGCUCAAGAUGAUGAAAGUAGCAACAAUUGUAAUAGAGCCAUCAAUGCUUUUGUUGAUGAAUGUCAAAGUGUACGAUCAAUGUUGUCAAAAGAAAAUAGUAAAGAUGAAAAAGUAAUCUGUUGCAAACAUGCACGUUACAAUCUUUGUAUGCAAGCAUUACAAAGAUUUGUAUCAUCAUCACAAACAAUAAAUGUUUGUCAGGAUUCACAAUUUGAACAGAAAAUGCAUUCAGUAGAACCAGAUGAUAAGAUAUUGGCCAUAGAAAAACAAUGUAAAUCAUUUGAUACAAAAACUUGUAUUACAAAUGUAUUGAAUGGUGCAUGGAAUACUAUUAAUCAACGUUAUAAUCUAACUGAAUUAUCAUCAUCAUUCAAUAAAAAUGUUAAUGAAGCAAUGGAAACGAUUGGUGGAUUCUUUAAAAAUAUUCAAAAUCGAAUGCAACAAUCAUCAUCUUGAAAUUUUUUUUUUUUUGUUGUAGCUGUUGUGUGUAUUAAUAAUACUAAAAAUAAAAACAUUUUCUCCCAUUCAUUUCCACCUGUGUGUUAUUGGUUGUCAAUAAAAAGCAAAAAUUUAC